AUGUAUUGUGGAGAUGAAACUGGAUCUUUCAUUGGGGAAAUAGGGUCGCACACCUGUCGCUUUGGUUAUGGAGGAGAAGACAAUCCAAAGUAUGUGGCUCCUUCUUACGUCUCCGACAAGAAACGAAUGGCGUCUUCUUGUCUCACAGCAAGAGCGGCCUCACAAGACUUGGAAUCGAUUCUGCGCAUGCCAGAGUCGUUAGGGAAUGAGCCAUUGUUGGAUCCGGAUGCCUUCUUACGACAAGGAGAUUCCGUACAAGAUUGGGACAAUCUACAAGUGGCGUGGAAUGAAGGUAUGGAUACUUUGAGAGCCAAAGAUACGCAAAAACAUACAAAGGGAGGAACGCCCUACUCGACAACUGUGAAAAAGCACAAAACUAUUGAAGGAAAAUGCAUACACCCGAUAUUGGCCAUUAUGCCGGGAUUCACACAUUUUGAAGGUUAUGGGCCGAAAUAUUCUGCGUCUAUGAAACGAGAACAGUACGCCAAGUAUAUGGAAAUCGUUAUGGAGCAUCUGGAGGCAACAAGUCUGUUUCUGGCUCCGUCGCCAAUGUUGGCGGCCUUUUCCGUGGGACGACAAAAUGCAUUGGUGGUGGAUGUCGGUGCAGGGGGCUGCCGCGUCACACCGGUAAUUGACGGUCAUAUCCUGCAACACUCACAGAGACGAAAUGGACGGGGAGGAGACUGGAUGGGUCAUGUCGCAUGGAAGGCAAUGUUGGAACAGGAAUUACCUGUGAUUCCGCGCUAUAAACUUCGACAAAAGGGGUGUAUAGCAAAGAGUCCUAGUUUUCACAAUUGGGCAGUUCAAGAUUUGAUGUACGAAUUGAGAACAGAUCCUAAUGUCAGCGUUGCGCCCAUGGACGAGGCGCCAUCUCGCACGCUAUUUACAAACUACGACGCUGCGGAAGCUCCUACAUCCCCAGCAUCGGGGGAAGAAGCAACUCCUUCGACUUUUGAGCUUCCCGAUGGGACACCCAUUGACCUAUCAACCCCGUUUGGAAAGGACGUGACGAGAAUACCGGAACUGCUCUUUUCGGAGACGAUGCCUUUUUCAUCUCAAUCAUCGUCGUCAUCAUCAUCUUCGGAACUGCAAACGCUGUCCAAUGCGCCUCUUCACCACUUGAUUCGAGAAUCUUUGUUGGCAGUGGGUGAUGUGGAUGCUCGGAAAGACCUGGUAGGAAGCAUUUGUUUGUCGGGAGCGAGUUCCGUUUUUCCCAACAUGGAGUCUCGCUUGUCGGCGGAAUUGUCCGCAUUGCUUCCAGGCUUUGUCAAACCCAAGGUCGUUGCUUCUAGGAAUUCAGUAGAAAGGAGGUAUGCACCCUGGAUUGGAGCUUCCAUAUUGACCAGUCUGGGGAGUUUUCAGCAGUUGUGGAUGAGUCGAUCGGAGUAUUUUGAAUACGGGGCAGCCAUGGGGGUCCAAAGGUUUCCAUGA